AUGGGACACUCGCAGGUGGCUGUCCAGGCCGACUCUGACCCUGAGCACAGCACCGACCAGCCAGUGCAGAAACCGGUGUCGCGCGUAACGAGAUGGUAUCGCAGCGCUCUUUUUAAUGUGAUUAUCGUUGGAUUGAUUUCAUUCACUCAGCCUGGGAUUUGGAAUGCUCUAAAUAAUACCGGAGCCGGCGGGCAACAGAAGCCCUACCUGGUCAACGGCGCCAACAGUCUCACCUUUGGUAUUAUGGUCUUUGGGUGUCCCUUGUUUGCCAUCCUUGCCAAUCGCUACGGCCUGCGACGGGUUCUCAUCCUUGGAACCUUGGGGUAUGCACCUUACUCGGCAUCUCUAUACGUCAACAACAGAUACGGCACCGAAUGGUUCGUUCUCUUUGGUGGCGCCACCUGUGGGAUUGCAGCGUCUGCUUUAUGGUCAUCAGAAGGCGCCAUUGCCCUUGGAUACGGUGGUGUCGCAGAUCGAGGGAAAUAUACUGGAAUCUGGCUCGGACUUCGAGAACUAGGACAACUUAUCGGCUCCUCAAUCCAACUAUCUCUCAACGUCAAGCAAGGAGAGCGAGGGAAGGUCGGAUACUCGACCUAUCUUGUGCUCAUUGCGCUGCAAUGCCUUGGUCUCCCUCUCGCUUUCCUCGUCUCGCAUCCAUCCAAAGUCAUCCGUGCCGACGGAACAGGAAUCCCUGACCCAACCAAACAGAAAGCCGUCCUAGGCGAAUUCAAGAAGCUCUGGGCACAGCUGAAGAAGAAGCAUAUUCUCCUCUUGCUGCCCAUUCUGGUCGGGUUCAACUGGAACAACACAUACCAGGGCAUCUACCUGACGAACUACUUCAGUGUUCGGGCACGGACAUUGGGCUCUCUCACAUCGGCCAUCGCAGCGACUGCAGCAAACAUGUUCUGGGGAUGGUUCUUUGAUCUGAAAUACUUCAGUCGACCGCAGCUGGCCCGGAUUACUUGGUUCACAUUUGCAGUGGUCAUGCUCGCCCUGUUUGCAUGGCAGGUGUCCAACGAGAAACUAUACGAAGACACACAGCCAACUAUUGACUGGGCGCAGCCCAACUUUGGACGCGGAUUCGCGGUAAACGUGCUCUUCCGGUUUAUGAACGAGUCGCAUUACAUGUUCGUCUAUUGGAUACUGGGCGUGUUCAACGACGAUCUGGAGACGCUAACCCUGACUGUUGGGAUUGUGCGGUGUUUCGAGAGCGUUGGGUCUUGCUUGGCGUUUGGAAUUGGGGCGGCGCAGAUAUCGCCCAUGGUGAACUUGAUUGUUGCUUUUGUCAUGUUUGCGAUUUGCAUUCCUACCACGUCUUGGGUGGUGUUUCUGGUGCCGGAGCAUCCUGAGGCCAAGCCAACGGAAGAGAACUCCCAGGGCGCGGACUCAGCUGUGCAGUCCGAUCUGGACCAGAAAUAA